GCGGCGGGCACAGCCGGAGGGCGCUCCCCGUUGGCGCACAGCGGCGGCGUUGGAGGCUCUUCCCGGGCAGCUCUCAGGGACCCGCGCAGGGCCAGGUGCUCCUCCUUUGGGGUCGGCGUGCCCAGCAGCAUGGGGAAGCAGAACAGCAAACUGCGCCCCGAGAUGCUCCAGGACCUGCGGGAAAACACCGAGUUCUCCGACCUGGAGCUGCAGGGCUGGUACAAGGGCUUCCUGAAGGACUGUCCCUCGGGCAUCCUCAACGUGGAGGAGUUCAAGAAGAUCUACGCCAACUUCUUCCCCUACGGCGACGCCUCCAAGUUUGCUGAGCACGUCUUCCGCACCUUCGACACCAACGGCGACGGCACCAUCGACUUCCGAGAGUUCAUCAUUGCGCUGAGCGUCACCUCCCGCGGGAAGCUGGAGCAGAAGCUCAUGUGGGCCUUCAGCAUGUACGACCUGGAUGGCAACGGCUACAUCAGCCGAGAGGAGAUGCUGGAGAUCGUGCAGGCCAUCUACAAAAUGGUCUCCUCUGUCAUGAAUAUGCCCGAAGAUGAAUCGACUCCAGAGAAAAGAACGGAAAAAAUCUUCCGACAGAUGGAUACUAAUAACGACGGCAAACUGUCCCUGGAGGAGUUCAUCAAAGGUGCCAAGAGCGAUCCGUCCAUCGUGCGCCUGCUGCAGUGUGACCCCAGCGGUGCCGGGCAGCUCUGAGCCCCCCCACGGUCCCCACAGCCCCCACCGCCCCCUCCUGCCACCACCACUCGUCCCUGCCAUCCCCACCUCCAUGUCCCCAUGGGGAGAGCACCAGGAGUGCGGGGCAGCAUGGCAGAGCCACUGCUGCUCCUCUGAUGGGCACAGGGACGCGGCCAAAGGGAUGAACCAUGGUUGCUCGCGGCCACCCCAGCACCCCCCAGCAUGCAGACACUGCCACACCAGCCCCCUCCCCACAGCCAGAGUGUACGUGGGGCCAUGGGCAGGGGCUGUGCUUUCGGUCUUUUAAUACCUGCAAAAUAAAGUGCGUGUCAGUGCAGUCA